UUUUUCUGUUCUGUCAAUGAUGAUCAGCGAGCCAACACCGUUUUCACAUUCCUUCAAUUUUAACGACAUUCAACGAGUUCAUCCCCUGUCUUCAUCUCCACAAUACUCAAAUACACUUUCUUCUAUUCAACAAACAACCUCUUCAGACGAUGUAACUACGAUAUUUGUAGUAGGGUUCCCCGAAGAUAUGGCCGAACGAGAAUUUCAGAACAUGUUUACUUUCUGUCCUGGCUUUGAAGCUGCUUCAUUAAAAUGGCAUUGUAAGGAUCAAGAUGAUGAUACGGGUGUACCAUCCAAUGGUGGAAAGAAGCAAAUGAUUGGUUUUGCUAGGUUUCGAACCCGCUUGGAAGCUCUUGAGUCGAUUGAAGUAUUGAGUGGUAGAAAAGUAGAUCAGGAAAAAGGUUCUGUCCUUAAGGCUGAGAUGGCAAAAAAGAAUUUGCAUAUUAAACGAGGUUCAGCUACGAAUCAACAAUUACCGGUGACUACAACUCCUACGUCUACCUCAUCCUCUACCUCAACAACUGCAAACAGUGCUAAUGUACUGUCAUCUACCAAUGGGGAUGUGAAACCAACUACGCAGCCAAGACGCACUAUCUUUGAUAACAAUUUUGCUCCACCUUUGCCCAGUGAUUUGCUUCAAGAUCUCAAACAUGAUUUGUUCAGCGAUCCAAUUUCUUCACCUUCACCUACAUAUAAUGAUUCCCUCUUUGACAUUCGCUCACAAUCAUUUGACCAGGACCUAGGAUACAUCUCGCGCUAUGGGCUAUCUUCACUUCAUCAACAGCAUCAGCAUAUUCAACAGCAUCAACAACAGCACAUUAGACUUAAAUUCAUGAAUGACACAGAAAUAGACACUUUGCACUACCUUUCUAAAUCAACUCCACUUAUCAACAAUAACAAUAGCAAUAAUAAUAAUGACUUACCAUCUCGUAUGGGAUCCUUAUCCAUCCAAAGAACACCUAAUCCAGCUGAUCAGAACCCCCCUUGCAAUACACUCUACGUUGGAAACUUGCCUCCAAAUACAAGUGAAGAUGAAUUGAGAAAACUCUUUUCAAACAGGAAAGGAUACCGUCGAAUGUGCUUCCGCACGAAGUCCCAAGGCCCCAUGUGCUUUGUCGAAUUCGAAGACAUCAUGUAUGCCUCUCAAGCUUUGAAUGAACUGCAAGGAUACGCAUUAACAAAUUCAGUCAAGGGCGGCAUUCGAUUGUCAUAUAGCAAGAAUCCAUUGUUCAUCAAACCCAACAAGGAGAAUGGAGUGAUGAGCUUUAAGCAACUGGGUAAUGCUCUGAUGAAUGAUAAUAGGAGAGAUUUUAUGUUUGAUCCUCAAUUGUAAUUUUUUGAUGCAUUCUAUCUUUCUCUGUCGACACCAUGUUUUGUUAUAAUUAUAUACGCAAUCUCUUUUUCAUUCUUAGACACAGCACACACACAUAUAUACAACAUUUACAACAUUCACAAUCUAAAAUAUAUUUUCAUUAAUAUCUAGCAAAU